AUGUUUAUCAUUAAUAUUGGAACAAGAGUGCGCAUAUAUCGUUAUACAAAGUGGUGUAACCCCGUAGAAAAGCUUGAAAGCGGACCAGAUGCCUGCUGUGCAAAGGCCCGUGAUAGGUAUACUCGGUUCCUUGUGCAAUCAACAAUGAACGAGUGCAAACGGUUGCAAUAUAACGUAGUACGAGGGACACGUGCAAACACCUUUCCUUACCCUUGGAAGAAGGAAGCCUCUGAACAAGAUCGAGAAUUAUUGCGACCACUUUCCAUCCAAUAUAUAACGCAGAUACGUGUAAAUCGUUUACUUUUUUCGGUUUAUUUGAGACUGGAAUUCGAAGGUGACAAGGACCAACGCCCACAUACUUCAAGUAUCAUUCCGAUCAUCGAUCAUAAUGAAUUAACAAUUCUGAUGCAAGAGAUUUGUGCUUCUCUUUUGCUAUAGAUAUCAAACAUUCAUGUUCAGAAAGUAUGAUGUUCUAUUAUCGUUCAGUAUCCUAGCGGUCUCGUUCUUGGAUAACGAGAGUGUAAAAAUCAGCUUAUCGUAAGGUAAAUUUUUAGAAUGAUCGUGAUAUAUAUGUGAUUUUAAAAAACGGCUCACAUGCGAGAUUGAACAUAAAAUUUGAUUACUGAUCGGAAUGCAAAUAUUAUCAAUAUCAGAGAAAAGGUGAACGUAGCCUUUCUCUUCGCUUUAAUUUUAAACACUGGCUAAGUAACUGUUUGUAUAUGUAAUUUAACAAGUGUUUUCCAAUGUAAAUUUUUAAUUAAAAGUUUUUAAAAAUAAAUCGAUUGAAAAU